AUGACCACUGUGGUGCUUAACCCCCCCGCCCCGGGCAACAGACAAGUGGGGGGCGGGGGAUUAAGAAACAAGCAAGACCAGGGCACCCGGGCACGCUGGCUGGCUGGCGCAACUGGGGGACACCCCCCCCAAACCCGAAGGGCGAGACGCCAGGGGACGCCACGCCCACGCCAGACCCGGGAUGCCUCCUGCGGCGCAGCCCGACUGCACUCGGCUCGGCUCCGCGCAGCUCCGGUAACCCCUCGGCCCCUCGCCGCCGUGCAAGGGGAAGGAGAGCGCGCCUUCUGCUCGCCGACCCUCACCUCCGCACCUCGCCCGGCCCUCCGCGAUCUGCCGCCAGCAGGGUCGGCCUGCCCAGCCCGGCCAAGCCCUGGAGGUCGACUAGGACGGAAAGCCGCGAGGGUCCCGCCCUGCGCGCGUCGCGGGACGGGAUUGGACGGGAGGCCGCGAGGGUCCCGCCCCACGCUGGGAGGGGUGGGCUGCCGAGUCAGGCCGCCCCGGACCUGGCCCCGCCCCCGCCGGCUUCCCCGGCUCGGGUUGCGCUCCUGGCUGCGGACCCCGGGACGCGAGCUUGCCCGCGGUCCAGAGAGACGUCGGAGGCUCCGCCCACGCUCGGGAAUCACCCAGUGGGUGAGUGAAGAAGCCCGCGGCUCAGCCUGGUUGUCACGGAGGUCUCCUGUGUCUCUCCCUCUCAACUGUGAGUCUGCAGUCAUCAAUACCACUGCAGAAGAAGCUCCCUUGUCCUUUACAAUCAGUGGGAACACAGAUCAUGGUUUCUGGCUCCAGCACACAUCACAGACAUCCCCAUGGCCUCUGGAGUCGGCGUAUGCUACAGAUGUCGUCAUGCUCUCCAGUGGCAGUACAGACCACAGACAUCAACCCAUCCCUCUGCUGCAGCUUGGGCCUUAGACUCCAUCAUAACUCUCGGCUGUCGCCACGGAUACCAACAUGGCCUCAGGGGCAACAUGAACCAUGGAUACAUCAACAUGGCUUCAGUUGGCAGAACAGACAGACCACGGACAGCCAUAUGGCCUCUGGUGAAAGCACGGGCCGUGGACAUCUACAUGAUCUCUAGUGGCAGAAUAGACCACAAACAACAAUAUGGCCCUGAGCCACAGCAUGGACCACAGACACCCUCAUGAACCUCUCUGGCAGCAUGGACCAUGGACCCCAACAUGGCCCCAGGUGGCAGCACAGGCCAUUCGCAUUACCGUGGGCCCCCCUGGACAUCAAUAGAGCUUCAGGCACAGCACAAACCACAGACAUCCAAAUGGCCUUCAGUGGCAACAUAGAUUAUGGAUAUCAACACAGCUGCCAGCUACAGCCGGGCAUCCUUCCAGCCUCUGGUGGUAGUAGGGGCCUCAGCCGUUGACGUGGCCUCCAGUGGAAGCUCAGUCCAUGGGUGUCCACAUGACUCUCCGGCUGAAUCACAGCCUGGAGCGGAAGCAAGGACCUCAGCAUGGCCUCUGGCUGUAGCACAGACCACAGAUACCAACCUGGCCUCCAGGGGCAGCAUGGACUCUGGAGGCCUUUCGAGGAGGUCCAUUCCAGAAAGCAAACCAUUCUUCAUCUCAGAUAGCCUGUCAAUGCUCAGAGCCAGGGUGACCGUGCAGCUCGGCAGCACGUUCAGGGGCCGAGUCUGUGAAAGCUGCAGUUUGCCGCCACACAGCAGCCUGUCAAACCUGCUCAGCAUCAGCAUGCCCUGUUGUCCCGUCGUCCUGCCCCCCACAACGCCGUCCUGUCUACUGCAGCCUUCUCCCUCGCCUGUCACCGCCGUAGCCUCUGUAGUUCCCCCGCUCUCCGCCUACAACACACUACUCUGCUCCUCCGCCUUUCCCACUUCUCCACUGAAUGCAGUGGCCUUGCAAACUGCAGUGUGUCACACAGCAUAUUCUUUGGCCCGAUUGGGUUUAUACACAAAUACUGCAGCGAGUCAUUGGUCUGGUUCGAGGUUUCCGGUUUCUGAAGCGCUGUAAAUACUGGACCAUGGCUAAGACUCCUCUUGGAUAUUCUGCUGUUGCCCAGAGUCAGGGUGAUCUGGUGGCUAGACAGUGUCCGGAGGCAGCGAGGGCAGGAUCCAUGAGAGCUCCAACCCUCCACACACCCCCCUGCCCUCCAUGCAGGCUGCCCAGAGCGCUUGCUGCCUGCACAGUACCUCAGCCCUGCACUCCCCUCCUCCCAGCAGUGGCUCCACACUGCAGGCAGGAUGUGGGACUAAAGACAAAUCUGUUCAGUAACGCCACAUUCUCUGUCUGCUCCGUCAGGAUGCCGUGUGGUCCCUUUGCCAUGCUCCCCCAGCGGCACGGCUCUGCCCUGCCAUCUUUCCUUCCGGUUUUGUGAGUCCACCUUUUAAAAGCAUCUUCCCAUAGGACCUGCCUAUUUGUUGAGUAGUUCUGGGGAUGCUUUGGGCUCUGCAGACAUCCUCCUCCAUCACCGUGUCUUUCCUUGGGGCUUCCAUGGGUCUCUCCGGCUCCUCUGAGCUGCUCCAAAGUCCCAAAAUGGGUACUGCCAACUGCUGCCAUCUUCAAACACAGCCACGCUUCGGACCAUGCAGUGAGGCUCCUCUGGUUACGGUUCAACAAGCUCUUAGUGUUAAUUUUACUCCCUUGGUAAAGUCGGUUUUUCCUUCUUUCUUUCCUGUUAGUCGGUUUCUUCUCUCUCCCCUUUCUUCCUUCUUCCUUCCCUCUCUCUUUCUUUCCUCCUCCCUCCCUUCCUUCCUUCCUUCCUUCCUUCCUUCCUUCCUUCCUUCCUUCCUUCCUUCCUUCCUUCCUUCCUUCCUUCCUUCCUUCCUUUCCCUCUUGAUGGAGAUUGGCCCCAGGGCCUCAUCUGCAGCUAGGAACAAUUGCAGGUUCACUCUGUUAGAGUGCAGAUGGAGCCACCUGUGAUUUCCCCCAUAUGCCAUUCACUUUAACUUUAAUUGCAUGAUGGCUGACUCUGAUGUGACCUGAAAAGGUCAGAAUGUUGAUAGGAGUGUGGAUCAUAAAGAUUGUCGGAAACAAAGGAUGUUUUGAAGGGAGCAGGCAAACACAUCUUGGCCUAAGUACUACCAUUUUGACUUCAGACUCCAUUUUACUUGUAGGGUGAAACACAGUUCAAGUUUCCAAGCCCUAGCGGAGCUGAGACCUUUCCGAUGGCUGACAGACCUCCUCCUUAAACAAUAGAAAUAGUCUGUUGUCCCCAUGGCUGUUCCUAACAACAGAAAGAACAAACGAAUCCGAUUGGUUGGGCUGAAGAGCUCCCAUUUUGUUGGUUGACAAUGAUGAAACACACAAGGAAAGUCCCUAAUCUUUGACUUCCGAUUGGUGAAAAUUGUAACUCAGCAACAAAUGUUUGUGAGUUUUGUGCUUUUAAACCCUUCUUCUGCUCCUGCUUGGGGCUGCCAGGAGGAACAAGGCUCCCAAGUCCUUGUCCUGAAGCCUUGAUCAAUCAGUGACCCACUUAUGUGAUGACUUACUAAAAUCUCUGGAACCCAUACGUGUUGUCUCUCUCCUUCCUCGUGGUGCACAAGGGACUAGGGGCACCAACUUGCUGAUGAAAACUGCAGACAGCGACUUAAGCUGACCCCCACAAGUCUACAUGGGGUGCAGCCAUGAAGGCAGCAGUUAAGGGGCUGCCUGUCUGGAGAAAGUUUGGCGCUUAGCAAACUUUCCACAUGUGUGGUUUGUGGUCGCCCAGCCUUCUGGAUACUGAGGAAAAGCUGCAGCUACGAGAUUAAGAAGCAGAGAUAGACUGUUACGGGAGCUAACUCAGGAGGAACAGUGGUCCUAAGACCCAAUCAGCACUUUCGUCAGACUCCUUGCUGUGUGUGGCAAGCAACUUAAGGGAAGAAUGAUAUAUUUUGGUUUCAGGCCUCAGAAGCUUCAGCCCAUGGUCAGAUGGCGUCGUAGAUCUUAGAGCCACGGCAUGGCAGAGAAAAUGUGACUGGUGAUUGGUGGACCAAAGCUGUCAACUCACGAUUGCCAGAAAGCAAAAGACGACUACUAGGAAGGGACCAGGGCCAAGAUAUACCCUCCAAAGGCACAGAACCAAGGACUUGCUUUCCUCAUCAGGACCUCACUUUACACAGCCCUUCCACCCCUCAAUAUUAUACUUAAUUUUUUAAUAAGCCAAUAGAUGAAACAACUUAUAUUAGGGCCUUCAUGAUCUCUCUCUGGAAAUAUACUCAGACACACCUGGAGAGAUGUGUUACUAAUCUAGGUAUCUCUCAGUCUAAUAGAGUUGACAAUCGAGAUGAAACACCAAGAAAUUUAUAUUUUGGGAAUCCGGAACAUUUGAUAGCAUUCAAAUAGCAUCAGUUUGUGCAUCAGAGAAGUGGGUCUCCAUGGGAUUGGUGAUUAUGCUAGCACCCACAUGUCUGUAUUUGUUAUAUUUGUUACUUUUCCCAUCACUGUGAUAAAAUAUCUGACAAAGGCAAUUUCAGAGAAUAAAUAUUUGUUUUAGAGUUUUAGGGGAAUUCAGUCCAUGUGGAAGUGUUGGUGUUAGGAGUAGCCCAGUCUAUAUUGAUGGGUAUCUGAGGUAGCUGAUGACAUCAGGGUGACUGACCAGUAAUACUCAGGCCAGUGCCAGAAAUGACUAUUACCUUGAUGGCCUGACCCUAGCAAUACAUCUCUGUCAGCUUGCCUAUGAGGACAUAUGUCCCAGCGAAUUUGUAGUCCCUUAAAGCCAUAUCACCAACUAGGGGCCAAGUAUUCAAAUACAUGAGCCAGGAGUGAGGUAGGGAACAUUUCAUAGUCAAGCUGCAAUAAAUACAUUUCCUUGAA